UAUUAAAUGUCAUAUUACAAAUCGGAUUGUUUUUUGGAACCGUCGUAAAGUUCUUGAAACUCAAAAUAUUUAUUUUAAUGUAUUAUGAUAAGUGAAACAUUCCAUUCAAUUUGAUAUUGGAAAAUUUUGAAUUAAUUUAGUGAUAAAUAUUACCUGAAUGUAAGAUCCGUUAUUAAUCAUAACCUUUUGUUUCUUGUGUACCAAACUUUUCGACCAAAAAUUUUCGGACAUAAUGGAUCUGGAUCAAGUGUGUCCACGAUGUAAAACUACCAAAUAUCGAAAUCCUCAGCUAAAGUUGAUGGUAAAUGUCUGUGGCCAUGCUUUAUGUGAUAAUUGCGUUGAACUUUUAUUCUUGAAAGGUUCAGGUGCGUGUCCCGAAUGUAAUGUUCCUUUACGACGUAGUAAUUUCCGUGUACAAUUAUUCGAAGAUUCCAAAGUUGAAAAAGAAGUGGAUAUUCGUAAACGUGUACUGCGUGAUUAUAAUAAAAAAGAAGAGGAUUUUGCUACCCUUCGAGAAUAUAACGAUUAUUUAGAAGAAAUCGAAACGAUUGUUUAUAAUUUAACAAACAAUAUCGAUAUUGUCGCAACAAAUAAACGUAUUGAACAAUAUAAACGCGAUAAUCGUGAAAUAAUUUUAAAGAAUAAGAGCAAAAUAAGCCGUGAAGAGUUAGAAUUAGAACAUUUACUCGAAUUAGAACAACAACAAGAAGAAUUAUAUCGACAAAAAUUAAAAUUAGAAGAAAAUGAAAUAAAAAAGAAGAAAAUCCGUGAAAAAGAAGCGUUAAUCGAUGAGCUAACAUAUUCAGAUGUAAAUGCAAAGAAUAUUAUCGAUACGUUCGCAUUAAAUGUACAAGAACAAGCUAAAGUGGAUGUACCGGUUGUACCAAAACAAUUUUCAACGGGUAUUAAGAUUACAAAUCAUAGUGGAUUUUUACCAAUACCAAAGAUUGAAGAAGGACCACAAUUUGUUUAUUCAGCACCACAAUUUAAAUCAAAUGGUCCACCGGCUCCCACAUACGAACAGUUACAUUCGCAAGGAUUUAUACAUCAUAUGCGUGCGGAAACGUUACAAGAACGUGCAGGCGGAUAUAAAUCAGAAAUUGCAUGUAAACGGGCAUUACAAGAUGCAUUGACUGGUUUAUAUCAUGUGCCCAAACCUGUUGUUUAAAGUUUACUAAA